GCGUCGACUUCGUGUGCUGCAUCUGCGUCAAUGGAGGGUGGCAUCUGGGCCUUCUACUAUCUGCAAGGCGAGGAUGGAGAGGAUCGCUCGCACCCGAACGCCUUCAAGCUGACAGGUGUCUCCUCAGGCGCGGAUGUUACGCUCGCCGACGUACUACGCAGCUUCCCACUGCGCAACCCAGCGGCCUUCCACUUCCGCUUUCGUCUAAAUAGCAGCAAGAGUAACACUUUCUACUGGCUGGACGUGACGCAGCCCACACAAAAGGUCCCACUUGCGGGCGGGCGCGUCAUCUGCAAGCUGUUGCGACUGGAACGGCCUAAGAAACCUGGACUCGUCUUCCGCCGUCGACCUGUGCUCAAAUGGGCAAGCGGCAGUCAGCCGCCCAAGCGUCAGGGAAGCUCCAGUGCCCUCGGUGACAGCUCCAACAGCGUACAGUCUGUCAAAUCUGUGCAGCCGUUGGGCGAGGGCAACAACUUCCAUCGAUCGUCAUCGUCUCAGGGUUUCGAGCAGGGUAGACCAGCCAAGUAUUCGGACCGGACUCCAGGAAGUGGCAGUGGAGCGGAUUCCCGACAUAGCAAUGCAUCGAGCCGUACAUCAUCCAUUUCUGGAGACAAGAAACCGGUCUCGAGGACAGGAUCGGGAUCCAAACCUGCAGCUCCAGAGGCACAAGGCAACCUGGAAGAUUUUCUGUCUGGUAGCCAGAAGGUGCCCAGUGCUGGAGCUGCGCCAAGCUCAUCACCGCCGAAGAAAGAUGUGAAUCUUAUGAGUGACAGUGGCUGGAAUGACGCACCAGCCACGCCGGCACAGCCAGCUAACGCGACGUCGGACUUCCUGAACGCAAUGGACCCGCUUGCUACUCGUUCGGCGCCUUCUCAGCCUUCACCGUCCAAGACUGUACUGAGAGAUCCGCCUAAGUUUGACGAUGAUAACGGACAGACGGUAGGCCCUGUGACCAUGGCGGAGAUGGAGGCGCAUUCCAAAUCCACAUCCGACGGCUCGAACGUGUACAACCCGAACUUGGUGGACAAGUCGACCAAGAGUGACGAUGUACGUCGAGCCAUGGAAGAACGUGAGCGACAGGUACAACGUGAUGUGGAACGAGCUCGCGAUGACUUGAGAAAACGAGAAGAAGCGGUGCGUAACAUGGCGGCUAUGAAGGACAGUGCCAGUACAGUGCUUGGGCCUCGACUGAAGGCCUGGGCAGAGGACAAUGGUCGCGUCAAGAACAUCCGCACGCUGCUGUCCACGAUGCAUCAGGUAAUGUGGGAGGGCUGCAAGUGGACUGAAGUGAACAUGGGCAAGCUGAUUCAGCCGAACGAUAUAAAAAAGCACUACCGGAAGGCCAUGAUCGUCGUACACCCUGACAAGGCUGGAGGUCGUAACGCUGAACAGUUGCUGAUCGCCGAGCGUGUGUUUGCGGCACUCAACACGGCGUGGGAAGACUUCCAGAAAACGAACCCAUGCUAG